AGGAAAUACCAUAAAAACGAGAGGGAAGCGAGCAGGGAGACGAGACGCAGUGCAGGAUCUCGUUACGGAAUCAAUUUUCCCAAAGCGCAGCUAUAAUCGAAUUGUUGGAUCAUUCAAUCACAGAGAGUUAGGGCUUCGAUUAAACCCUAAACCCCGCCUCUCUCUCUCAACGAUGGAGAGUGCGUUUGCGAGUGCUUCUGCUAUUGCCGACCAGAGGCAGAAGAUCGAACAGUACAAAGUCAUCCUCUCCACCGUCAUCGCGUCAAACGAUGUCACACAAGCCAAGAAAUUCAUCGACCAUGUGUUGUCCGAUGACGUUCCGUUGGUUGUGUCGCGGCAACUUUUACAGACAUUUGCGCAGGAACUUGGCAGGCUGGAGCCAGAGUCACAAAAGGAAAUUGGCCAUUACAUUCUAAACCAGAUUCAGCCUAGGGUUGUUUCAUUUGAAGAACAGGUGUUGAUCAUCAGAGAGAAGCUUUCCGAUUUAUUUGAAUCUGAACAGCAGUGGUCAAAAGCAGCUCAAAUGCUCAGUGGUAUUGAUCUGGACUCUGGCAUGAGAGUGAUUGAUGAUACAUUCAGGUUGUCAAAGUGUGUGAAGAUUGCUAGCUUAUACCUUGAGGAUGAUGACGCUGUAAAUGCAGAAGCUUUUAUUAAUAAAGCUUCAUUCUUGGUUAGCAGCAGCCAGAAUGAAGCAUUGAAUUGGACGUACAAGGUUUGUUAUGCAAGAAUUUUGGAUUUAAAGAGGAAGUUCUUGGAAGCUGCUCUUCGUUAUUAUGACAUUUCUCAAAUAGAGAAACGACAAAUAGGUGACGAAGUUGUCAAUGAGGAAGCAUUAGAGCAAGCCCUAUCAGCUGCAGUGACGUGUACUAUUUUGGCUGCUGCGGGUCCUCAAAGGUCACGUGUUCUUGCGACCUUGUACAAAGAUGAACGGUGCUCUAAGUUGAAAAUCUACCCAAUCUUGCAGAAGGUGUAUCUGGAAAGAAUAUUGAGGAAACCAGAGAUUGAUGCAUUUUCUGAAGAACUAAAACCACAUCAGAAAGCACUUCUGCCAGAUAAUUUUACGGUUUUGGAUCGUGCUAUGAUUGAGCACAAUCUUCUGAGUGCAAGUAAAUUGUACACAAAUAUAAGCUUUGAUGAAUUAGGCACAUUGUUGGGUAUUGCUCCUCACAAGGCUGAGAAGAUAGCAUCGAGAAUGAUAUAUGAAGAUAGAAUGAGAGGAUCCAUUGAUCAGGUUGAAGCUGUGAUACAUUUUGAGGAUGACACCGAAGAGUUGCAGCAAUGGGAUCAGCAGAUCGUUGGCCUCUGCCAAGCUCUGAAUGAUGUACUCGAUAACAUGGCAAAGAAGGGACUGUCUAUUCCUGUCUGAUUUAUUGGUUCACCAUUUCUGUUGAUAGAGGCUUCAAGUAUUGACAGUUUUAGCAAUUAGGCACUGCCUUUCACUUAACCCCUUUCCGCACCCACCCAACGCCCCUCCCCAAACACCUUAAAAAAUAUUAUAUGCAAUCAUCUUCCCCCGCCCCCCCUUUCUGUUCCAUUCCUUUCACCUUCUUCUGUUAAUUGCCCCCCACCCUCUUUUCCAUUUGGCUGUUGACUGUUAUAUCCCAUGCCAUGAUACGAUCUGCAACACAGCCAAUAAAUUUCUUUAUUCAUACCCCCUGCCGUAUUGAUGGAAUGUACUCUUAUACUGUAAACUGCGGUAUUAAUUUGUCAUCGUGCGAUGUAAAAUCAUUCGGCAAGCAUGCCGAGGCAUCAAUGCAAAUUUUCCACCGUUUUUGGGUUCAA